ACAAAACAAUCACAUUUCCUACAAUCCUACAAAAUUCAAGACCACGAAUCCUACGAUCUACUCUAUCACCCUCUUUCCAAUUCUGAGGAUUUAAAUACUCUACGCAAACAAUCCCGCGCACACAAGCCUUCCACUGCUCAACGACGAGCCGCUGCACCACACAAACAUCAACAUCCUCACACUCUUCCUCCAAACCAACAUAUCCUUACAAUGGCUGCCACUGCCACCCAAAACCCCGUAGUCAAGACCGAGUCGAAGUCUGCGAAGAAGAAGAAGGUUGCCAAGACAGCUGCCACCGAAAUUGAGUCUCCAGCUUCUGCCGCGGAGGUUACUCCUGGAAAUGGCGUUGCGGAUAGUGCGAACGGCGAUGGAGGCUACGAAAGCCCCUACAUCAAGGAGCUUUACAAGAAUAUCCGCAACGUCAACAAGAAGAUCGCCAAUGCCUCUAAAGUCGACAACAUCGUCGCAGAAAAUCCUGACAAGUCGCUCGACGACCUCGUAGCUUCCCGAAAGAUCAAUGCCGACCAAAAGGCUCAACUCUUGAAGAAGCCCGCACUUCAGGCAUCCCUUACCCAACUCGAGGAGCAGAUCGCACAAUACAAGAAGUUCGACCAGGAAUACAAAGUCAAAUUACAAACUGAGAAGGCAGAGUUCGAGAAGACCCAUAUCGAGCGCUCAAGCAAGGAGUUGGAGGAGGCGGUCGGCUCUGCCAAGUCCCAGGCUGCUACAGCUGCUGUCAAGCAACAGCAAGAUGAUCUUCUCCUUCUGUCACAAUUCCUGAAGCUUGCUGCUAUUCGCAGAGGUGAGGAUGAGGCUGCCGAGCUUGAAGAGAGCAAGGCUCUGGAGGGUCUUCUGGCCCAGGUCUACGCCGGUGACGCCAGUGCUGUCGCUGCCAUGCUUAAUCUCAUCCAGGGCUCCUCAGAGACUGUCACGAGUGUUACCGGAGAGCCCCUCUCUGUUACUUAUGCCGACUUGAAGACCGCCUCCCUCGCACAAAUUCCCGCUGUCGCUCCAGAAGCCGAGCAAGUCGAGACCACCGAAUACCCAGUAGAGUCUGAUCCAACCAUUGCCAACGCCGGUCUUACUGAGCUUGAUGCCCCUGCUGCUACUGAAUUGACAAACGGACACGUUGAAGCUACAUACGACCAAGGUAUUCCCGCAAACUCAGGUUUCGGUGACGGAGCUGCCAAUGCAGCUGCUGAGGCAAACUGGGACAACAACAAUGACCUGUCCACGAGCCAGGAGUGGGUUGAGGUUCCUCGCGACGCCACUGAAACUGAUACUGGUGUAACUGCUACCCCUGCUGCUCCAGCAAACACCCAGAGCUGGGCUGAUGCCGAACCUGAUUCCCCUACUCAAGUAAGCGCAUUUCUCCAUUAUCUACCAUGACUUGGACUGACUUCGUUCCAGCCAAUCGCCACCCCACCCGCCAACGAUGGAUUCCAAGCUGUCGAGCGCAAGCAAGACCGUGGUGGACGAGGUAACUUCCGUGGAGGACGUGGAGGUAGAGGCCGUGGUAACUUCAGAGGCGAUGGGUACCGUGGACGUGGAGGUCGUGGUGGAGCUCCUCGUGGAGGCCGUCGCCCAGACGAAUCCUCGUAGAUACGAGAAACCUCACACCCGCUUCUGCGUUCGUGCCAUCACUCUCCCCCUCCCGUGUAAUAUUUCCUUCCUUCCUUGUUUUGCGGCAUACUUCCCCGGCGUGAAAGGGGUUCUAGCAUUGCGUGCAUGCAUACGCAUUUUUGUGUCUAAUCUUCCUUCUCUUCCUUCUCUUCCUCUCUCUGUAUCUGUUCCUCAUGAUGAUGGAUGGCUGGAUAGCCGGUGCUUCGGGGUGUUCUCUCUCUUUCUAGCAUACUUGCGUGCUUGUUUGCUUGCUUGCCUGCAUUCGUCGUAGGUAGACUGGGAGCAUUUUGUGCUACAUGAUAUGGUCUGAUCUGGUCUGGUAUGGGUCGAGGCUUGGUUGGGUUCCCAUUAAAACAAACAAAAAGGGUCGGAUGAUACAACACACAAAAAGCAGAAACUGAAAUGAAGGAAAUGAAGAAUGUAAACAAACCAAAAGCUCUCUCUUUGCAUCUUGAAUUGGCGAUUUAGCACUUGUGAUUUUAGCGCUUCUUGCGAAUCAGCGACCUUGGAAAAGCUGGUAUGCCAAAAGUACGGGAUUGCACAUGAGGUCAGGGAAAAAUUGCCAUGUCAUUUGAGGAGUUUGCUCAGUAUUGGUCUUGCUGUUUAUCACUUUGUUCAACCAUGUCUCAUAGAAGAUUUUGGAAAUGCAGAAUUGUGGGUGAUGCGUGUUACAUGGUUUAAUCCUAGUGCUGCUGCUCUAUGAAACGCUACUAUCGAUUUCAAAUUACAUAUAUUUUUCCGUUGCUUCGGCCGUUGAGAAUGGCUCUGCUCACGCCUUCACCCAGCAUGAUCAGAG